GUCGUCCACGAGAACGAACCUCCUUAAGCUCCGCAAAGCACGCACAAUGUCCACCAUGAUAGACCCUGCAACCAAGAUCAAGGAACUCACUGUCCCUUGCCAGAACGACACAGGCAAGCCGUCGACGUUCGUCCUUACGGACACGUCGUUGUAUGUGAACAGACCGGACGAUACAACAUGGCCCGAAAUCCUCGUUUCCCUGCGUUACGUCCUGUGGGCAGAGACAAAGGACGGUAGUCUUGAGGUUUGCUUGCUUACGCAGAAGAAGCCUGUGGGCUGUUUGAGACUCGUGCACAUUUCCGGGAGGGUGCCCCCUGCUCAGCAGCAAGAUGCUGAUGCCUUUGCUCAGGCUGUACUGGAGGCUGCGUACCAAGGCGUCAAGAAGCACAGGCAUGUCUUAAUCCUUGUGAACCCAAUAGCCGGUCCGGGCAAGUCUCGAACGCACCUCAACAAGAAGAUCCUGCCUAUUCUGACAGCUGCCCGCUGCACGAGCGACGUCACCGUUACCGCCUACUACAAACAUGCCUGGGAAAUUGCUCGUGACCUGCCUCUGAGCAGGUACGAUGCCAUUGCAGCCGUCUCAGGAGAUGGAAUUAUCCACGAGCUCAUGAACGGUUUCGCUGAACACAAGAACCCGACCAAGGCUUUCCAGACACCACUCGUUCCUAUUCCAGCUGGCUCAGCUAACGCGCUUUCGUUGAACCUUCUUGGGUUGGAGGAGGGGUUUGACAUCUCUGCCGCCACUCUCAACGUGGUUAAAGGACGUCCAAUGAACGUCGACAUCUGUUCCGUAACCCAAAAGGAUCGAAGGGCUUUCUCCUUUAUGAGUCAAGCCAUCGGUCUGAUGGCUGAACUCGAUCUGGGUACUGAGUAUCUACGUUUCAUGGGCGACAGUCGUUUCAUUUAUGGUUACCUCCGCGGGCUCGUCCUCCAUCGCGCCUGCCCCGUCAAGGUCAGCAUCAAGGUCGCUCAGUCGGACAAGGAUCAAAUGGUCGAGGACUUACGCGCAGGCGAGGCAGCGGCCGCGCGUCACCUGCAGUCUGCCUCAGACGCUCCUGCGGUCGGUAUCAAUGGUAAUGGAGGGGACGCUGUGGUGAACGGAGAUUCGCCCACAACACAGGCCGAUACAGACCUGCCCCCGCUUAAGUAUUCGUUUGGCGAGCAAAGUGGCGACGGCUGGAUCGUCUUUGAGAAGCCAGUCCUGUACCUGUUCGGCGGGAAGGGUCCGCUGGUCGCUCGCGAUUUGAUGCAGUUUCCUAUGUCGCUGCCGGACGAUGGAUACGUCGACUUGGUCAUCCAGGAGAAGCUGAGCCGGAAAGUCAUGCUGCAAGCCAUGGAUGGCGCGGAACGCGGCAAAACGUACUGGAUGGACACACAACACUACUUCAAGGCCGAGGCUUACCGUGUCGAGCCGCUCCAGAACACUAGCUGCCUGUCAGUCGACGGUGAAGAAUACCCUUUCGAACCUUUCCAGGUCGAGUGUCACAAGGGCUUGGCGACCUUACUCAGCCCAUACGGCGUGUACAACGUCAAAUUCGACGUCCCAAAGACCACAUAAUUUUUUCCUCCUCGCUUUUCUUUCCAUGGAGCGGGCUUUGCUGUAUUUCCGCGGGACACUUAGUACUCUACAUACCUUGACCCUGUGAUGUGUGUGGAUUUAAUCAUCAUAUACCCUGCC